GGCAAAGCAUACACGACCAAACACCUUCGCUUUUCUGUUUUUAAAUUGGCCACAGGGGACCGCCGUACUCGUACCCGGUUACUAAACUGUAAACAAACCAGUAUGACAACCUGCUAACACCGCGUUACAUUCAUAAUAAUACAUUAUAAACUGUUUCCUUAAACAGGAAGAAACCGGAAUCAAACAUGGAACACGCGCGCACCGUCACCGUUUAUGACGUCAGCGCAGAGCCAAGUAAUGUACCGGUGUUAGCAUGCAGGUGCUAACGUUAGCCACUUCCGGUGUAGUUUUGUAACGCUGUAGUCAUAAAAUUAUACAAGUUUCACUGAGCUGCUGCAGCACGCGCGGAUUCACGAGAGUCAUGUGAUCAACAUGGCUCUUCCCCCUCAGGUGAGAUGUCUCAGGUAAGGCGGUCGGUGACGGAGGCGAUGUGGGCGAUGUGUGCGGCUGACUCCAUGUCGAUGCCGGUCCACUGGUACUACGACAUCGAGGACAUCAGGAGGGACUUUGGGGGAUGGAUCUCAGGCUUCAACGCUCCAACAAGCAGACACCCGUCCAGCAUCCUGAGCCUGUCCAACACAGCCGGUAGCGGUCGCUCCGCCUGGUCCUCCUCUGGCGCCAAACGACCAGACGUGGUGGGAAACGUGAUCCUCCACGAUAAACUGAACCUGUGGAAGUCUUCCAACGGCACGGUGCACUACCACCAAGGUCUUCAGUCCGGUGCUAACACCCUGAACGUGCUCUGUUCUCUGCGAGUGAUGCGUUCACUGGUCUCAGGACGUUUCAGUGACGUCUCGAAGCCGGAUGCUCGGGCCGCCGUGCUCUCAGACUACGUUCAGUUCCUGACCACACCCGGCUCGCACGACGACACCUACGCCGAGUCCUUCCACCGCUCGUUCUUCUCCGACUGGCAGGACAGCAGGCCAACGUCUCCCCAAGAGAUUCUGAAGUUUGCAGAAAAACGCUCCCUAAAGAAGAUGACCUCCUCGAUGUCCGACAGCCAGCUGGACGCCAUCGGCUGCCUUCCCAUGAUCCUCCCCUUCAUCCUGCUGUCAGCCUCGGCCAAUGAGGAGCAAGCUGUGUCGGCCGCUGUAGAGUUUGUGAAGCUCACCCACCCCCACCCCAAGGUGCCCGAGUACGUGUCUAUCUACAGCCGGGCGCUGCACGCCGUACUGGGCGGGGCCGAUGUCCGUCAGCAGGCGGAGCACGCUCUGAGGAGGCUGGACUCAUGGAACACCUGCCAGAGCUACAGCCGCAAGGCGGGCAGGUUCCCCGUGUCGUCGUCAGAGCGUCUGAAGGUCCAUCAGAGCGCCGUUAACUACCUCGGUCUGGCGUGCUACACUAAAGGAGCUCUGUCCAGCAUGUUCUACCUCGCACACGAGUUCCAUGACGACCCCAGAGGAGGAGUCCUGACCAACACCAACUGUGGAGGUGAGAACUGUAACCGGGGCACGGCGCUGGGGGCCCUGCUGGGGGCGGGGGGGUCGUACAGCGGCGCCGUCAUCCCGCGGGAGUGGAAGGACAGGCUGAGAGACGCUCAGGAGUUCAUCCCCGACAUCCUGAAGGAGCUGCAGUGAGUGCAGCGUCGCCCCCUGGUGGAGCGGAGGGGAAUCUGUCUUCCUGUUUACAAACACAACGAGGAACUUUUAGUUUUCUUUGAUUCUUUUGUUUUAUUUAUAAUUUACAUUUUUUCUU